GUAACCUUUCUGGAGAUCACUCUCUCUUAUCUUGUGUGUUAGUGCGUAGAGAGAGAGAUAGGAAUAGAAAAGAAAUCGUCAUGGCUCAUGGGAGAUAUGAUGAUAAGUACAAGAAGAAGAGUGGACAGAUUCCGAGGUUUGGAGAAUGGGAGGAAGCAAAUGAGAUGCCAAUAACACAAUACUUUGAGAAUCCAAGACAAGCUGGUCUGCUUCGUCACCAUCAUCACUUCACUUCUUCUUCUUCUUCCACAACCACUUCUUCUUCUUCAUCUUCUUCUUCUUCUGCAGAAGCCCUAAAGCUUGCUUCUUCUCACCACCCUCGUCCACGUCACCUCCAUCCUCCAAGACAGACGGCGGGGACGAGGGAAAAGAGGGGCCCACAGAGGCGCGUGCGUGACGUCAGUGCACAGAUAGACAAGUAUUACGUUGACGUCAACGGAGUGAAGCAGUUCCAAAACGACGACGCUCCGACUUCGAGGCCACCUAAGCCCGUUGAUGAAGAUCUCUACAAGAUUCCUCCUGAGCUUAUACAUUCUUCAAGAAGGAAGAGAAUGCCUGGCCUUUUAGCAUGUUUGGUUCCAUGCGCAUGAAGAAUCAAGAGAAAGAGAAGAAAAGUUAGGAUUCCUCAUGAAUGAAUAAUGUAAUUUGUUUUGUUUUUCUUUUAUUUUAUUUCAUUUAAUAUACUAUAUAUAAUUAUAUAUACGUGACUUGGCAGAAAAAACAAAGGACCAUACUAAUGGUUUAUAGAAAAAAAGGAACAAAGUAAUAGCGCAGUUGUCCUUUUGCUUCUCGAUUAAAGGUUUAUCGGUUUCGUAGUGCUCUUCUUAAAUUUAGACUUUAUACU